AUGAUGUUUUAUUACUGUGGCUCGCCGGACUCACCUGGAUCUCUUUUCGGGGUAGUGGAUCUCAUUAAGCAUGCCAUCCGUCCAGGGCCUGCAGUGCUGGUCUAUAUUCGUGAAGAGGAAGAAAUCAAACUGGAGAUAAAUAUGCUGAAGAAAUAUUCUCAUCAUAGAAAUAUUGCAACAUAUUACGGUGCUUUCAUUAAGAAGAGCCCUCCAGGACAUGAUGACCAGCUCUGGCUUGUUAUGGAGUUCUGCGGGGCUGGGUCCAUUACAGACCUUGUGAAGAACACCAAAGGGAACACACUCAAGGAAGACUGGAUAGCUUACAUCUCCAGAGAAAUCCUGAGGGGACUGGCACAUCUUCAUAUCCAUCACGUGAUUCACCGGGACAUCAAGGGCCAGAAUGUAUUGCUGACUGAGAAUGCAGAGGUGAAACUUGUUGAUUUCGGUGUGAGUGCUCAGCUGGACCGGACAGUUGGGAGGAGAAAUACAUUCAUAGGCACCCCCUACUGGAUGGCUCCUGAGGUCAUUGCCUGUGAUGAGAACCCAGAUGCCACCUACGAUUACAGAAGUGACCUUUGGUCUUGUGGCAUUACAGCCAUUGAAAUGGCAGAAGGUGCUCCCCCUCUCUGUGACAUGCAUCCAAUGAGAGCACUGUUUCUCAUUCCCAGAAACCCUCCUCCCAGGCUGAAGUCAAAAAAAUGGUCAAAGAAAUUUUUUAGUUUUAUAGAAGGGUGCCUGGUGAAGAAUUACAUGCAGCGGCCCUCCACCGAGCAGCUUUUGAAACAUCCUUUUAUAAGGGAUCAGCCAAAUGAAAGGCAAGUUAGAAUCCAGCUUAAGGACCACAUAGACCGGACCAGAAAGAAGAGAGGAGAGAAAGAUGAAACCGAAUAUGAGUACAGCGGGAGUGAGGAAGAAGAGGAAGAAGUGCCUGAGCAGGAAGGAGAGCCAAGCUCCAUUGUCAACGUGCCUGGUGAGUCGACGCUUCGUCGGGAUUUCUUGAGACUGCAACAGGAGAACAAGGAACGUUCCGAGGCUCUUCGGAGACAGCAGCUACUGCAGGAGCAACAGCUCCGGGAGCAAGAAGAAUAUAAAAGGCAGCUGCUGGCAGAGAGGCAGAAACGGAUUGAGCAGCAGAAAGAACAGAGGCGGAGGCUGGAAGAGCAACAAAGGAGAGAACGUGAAGCUAGAAGGCAGCAAGAACGUGAACAGCGAAGGAGAGAACAAGAAGAGAAGAGGCGUCUGGAGGAACUGGAAAGAAGACGUAAAGAAGAAGAAGAGAGGAGACGGGCAGAGGAAGAAAAGAGGAGAGUUGAAAGAGAACAGGAGUAUAUCAGGCGACAGCUAGAAGAGGAGCAGCGGCACUUGGAAAUCCUUCAGCAGCAGCUGCUCCAGGAGCAGGCCAUGUUACUGCAUGACCACAGGAGGCCGCACCCGCAGCAGCAGCAGCCACCGCAGCAGGAAAGGAGCAAGCCAAGCUAUCACGCUCCAGAGCCUAAGCCCCACUAUGAGCCCACUGACAGAACCCGAGAGGUGGAAGAUAGAUUUAGGAAAACUAACCACAGCUCCCCUGAAGCCCAGUCUAAGCAGACAGGCAGAGUAUUGGAGCCACCAGUGCCUUCCAGAUCAGAGUCUUUUUCCAAUGGCAACUCCGAGUCUGUGCAUCCUGCCCUGCAGAGACCAGCUGAGCCACAGGUUCCUGUGAGGACAACAUCUCGUUCCCCUGUUCUGUCGCGUCGGGAUUCCCCACUGCAAGGCAGUGGACAGCAAAAUAGCCAAGCAGGUCAAAGAAACUCCACCAGCAGUAUUGAGCCCAGGCUGCUGUGGGAGAGAGUGGAGAAGCUGGUGCCCAGGCCCGGCAGUGGCAGCUCCUCGGGGUCCAGCAACUCAGGAUCCCAGCCUGGGUCCCACCCUGGGUCUCAGAGCGGCUCUGGGGAGCGCUUCAGAGUGAGAUCGUCAUCCAAAUCUGAAGGCUCUCCAUCUCAGCGCCUCGAAAAUGCAGUGAAAAAAUCUGAAGAUAAAAAGGAAGUUUUUAGACCUCUCAAGCCUGCUGAUUUGACUGCACUGGCCAAAGAACUUCGAGCAGUGGAAGAUGUGCGACCGCCACACAAAGUGACAGACUACUCCUCAUCCAGUGAAGAGUCAGGGACAACAGAUGAAGAAGAUGAUGAUGUAGAACAAGAAGGAGCCGAGGAACCCACCUCUGGACCCGAGGACACCAGAGCAGCGUCAUCUCUGAAUUUGAGCAAUGGUGAAACAGAAUCCGUGAAAACCAUGAUUGUCCAUGAUGAUGUAGAAAGUGAACCAGCCAUGACUCCAUCCAAGGAGGGCACUCUAAUCGUCCGCCAGAGUACAGUUGACCAAAAGCGCGCCAGCCAUCAUGAGAGCAAUGGCUUUGCCGGUCGCAUUCACCUCUUGCCAGAUCUCUUACAGCAAAGCCAUUCCUCCUCCACUUCCUCCACCUCUUCCUCCCCAUCCUCCAGCCAGCCGACACCCACCAUGUCCCCACAGACACCCCAGGACAAGCUCACUACUAAUGAGACUCAGUCCGCUAGUAGCACACUCCAGAAACACAAAUCUUCCUCCUCCUUUACACCUUUUAUAGACCCCAGAUUACUACAGAUUUCUCCAUCUAGUGGGACAACAGUGACUUCUGUGGUGGGAUUUUCCUGUGAUGGAAUGAGACCAGAAGCCAUAAGGCAAGAUCCUACCCGGAAGGGCUCAGUGGUCAAUGUGAAUCCCACCAACACUAGGCCACAGAGUGACACCCCAGAGAUUCGUAAAUAUAAGAAGAGAUUUAACUCCGAGAUUCUGUGUGCUGCCUUAUGGGGAGUGAAUUUGUUAGUGGGUACAGAGAGUGGCCUGAUGCUGCUGGACAGAAGUGGCCAAGGGAAGGUAUAUCCUCUGAUCAACAGAAGACGAUUUCAGCAAAUGGAUGUCCUUGAAGGCUUGAAUGUCUUGGUGACAAUAUCUGGCAAAAAAGAUAAGUUACGUGUCUACUAUUUGUCUUGGUUACGAAAUAAAAUACUUCACAAUGAUCCAGAAGUUGAGAAGAAGCAGGGAUGGACAACCGUGGGGGAUUUGGAAGGAUGUGUACACUAUAAAGUUGUAAAAUAUGAAAGAAUCAAAUUUCUGGUAAUUGCUUUGAAGAGUUCUGUGGAGGUCUAUGCGUGGGCACCCAAGCCAUAUCACAAAUUUAUGGCCUUUAAGUCAUUUGGAGAAUUGGUACAUAAGCCAUUACUGGUGGAUCUCACUGUUGAGGAAGGCCAGAGGUUGAAAGUGAUCUAUGGAUCCUGUGCUGGAUUUCAUGCUGUUGAUGUGGAUUCAGGAUCAGUCUAUGACAUUUAUCUACCAACACACAUCCAGUGUAGCAUCAAACCCCAUGCAAUCAUCAUCCUCCCCAACACAGAUGGCAUGGAGCUUCUGGUGUGCUAUGAAGAUGAAGGGGUUUAUGUGAAUACCUAUGGAAGAAUCACCAAGGAUGUGGUUCUGCAGUGGGGAGAGAUGCCAACAUCUGUAGCAUAUAUUCGAUCGAAUCAGACGAUGGGCUGGGGAGAAAAGGCCAUAGAGAUCCGAUCUGUGGAAACUGGUCACUUGGAUGGUGUGUUUAUGCACAAAAGGGCUCAAAGACUAAAAUUCUUAUGUGAACGCAAUGACAAGGUCUUCUUCGCCUCCGUUCGGUCUGGUGGCAGCAGUCAGGUUUAUUUCAUGACAUUAGGCAGGACUUCCCUUCUGAGCUGGUAGAAGCAUUGUGAUGAGGAUUGCUGGCCCCCAGAGUCUUCAAUGAGAUCCUGAGAACUUGGAAUUCCUUGCAACUGGAGCUCAGAGCUGCACCGGUGUAGUCCAGGACAGCUGUGUAUGCAGACACCACGUGUGGGGUGUUUCGUUUCGUUUCAUUUCCUUUCUGCACCUCUUACCAGUU